UCCUCCAGGCUGCUAUCAAAGUUAUUUUCUUGUAUGCCUGACCAAUAAAACGCCGACAUAAUUUUUUAUUCAUACAAAUUUAUUGUGUCGCCACGAUAUUUUUGUAUCGGGAUAAUUCUGUGCAAAUAGAAAAGAACAUUAACAAGUCCAUGGUUGUUAGAACACACCCAAUGUAUUAGUCAAAACAUCCCAACAUUCCAACUUUUAUUCCGUACCCUACCACAACAUGUAGUAACCAUGAAAAUAUUUGUAGAGGAAAAUAUAGAAAAACGAAACUGCAAUUAAUAUUUAUUUAUACUGGUAUUUUUAAAUUAUUAAUAACUUAACUUAACUAUACUCAAACAAAUUGUAAGGGGGUCACGCUUUUCAUUGUUAAUACAUUAUCACCACCUAUUAAAAGCACACACUAUUUCUCUUUUAUGUCACAUAACCCCCUUUUAUCUGUAGGUAUUCUUGCAAACUUUAAUUUUUAUUGUCAUUGUAAUCCGGGGGUGUAAUGUUACUUAAUUUUUUUGACAAAAAGCUUUGUGGCAUUGGUUUAUAAGUUUUUUAUUUUUAAUUUUAUUUGCUUUUUUAUUACAGUUUUCGUCGAUAUUUUCAAUUUUUAUGUGUUUUAUAAGCAUAUUUCAAUAAAAGAUAAAAUAUUGCAUUUACCCCCGUGUCGUUCAGUUUACUUAAGUGUAUGGUAAAGCCAGCCCGAGCUAAUCCUGAAGAAAGUGAUAGUAGUGAAGGAUGGCAAAUAUUUGAUUAUUUGUAAAUAAGUUUAAAGUAAUUUUUUUGAUGCAUUUUUUGAACAGAUAUAUUUUUACGGCUACACGAAAACGUUCUCGGUGAGAUACGUUGUCAAUUUUACUGUAUUGAUAUGGAUGAAGAAAGGAUAAGAGAGAAGGAAAUAAACAAUUACAUGAAAUUGGUGUACACUUUAAAGAAAUUCGGAACUGAGGCUGUUUUCGAACUUUUUUAUCGAAAGUUUCCAAGGGAUGGUAGAGAAUGCUAUCAAAAAAUUGAGCCAUGUUUGGGAAGUCUCAAAAAGCAGAUUGAAGGCCGUGCUCGUAAAAUUCUUGGUAUGAGAAAUAAAAAUGUUGAUUUGGAAAAUAUAAAUCUGUCAUUAGCUGUUACCAUUUUCACGACGGUGUAUCCAGAUGACUUACUCGUUAAACCAUUGCAAAAUAUAAAACAUUUAGCAAACUACGUUACUAAUGAUUUUAAGGAGCAACAAACGUUAACAGACAAAAUUUUUGAAGAAAAGUUUUCGCAACUAAAACUCGAUUUAGUAGCCCUUGGUGUAAGUGGAAAACAGUCAACGAAGUUCGGGACAUAAAGUUGUCUGAAGAAAUGAUUAAAAGUAUCAAAGAACAUAUAAAGAAAGAAAUAAUGGACGAGUUAAAUCUCGAAAGUCUUGGGAUAGAAGACCAACCGUCAUCGCCAUUUAAUACAUUGGCUAUUGUGAGUUCAGACACAUCAAUUAAAGUUGAAUAUGCGUUUACUGAAAACUUUAAAAUCAAGAAUCAGCAAGAUAUUGUGAGCGUAAAAGAAAAGGAGGAAUGCAAUGAUAUAGUUUUUAAAAAGGUGGCAUCACCAUAUCAUCAAAAACUUGCAGAAAGUUUCAAAAGUUAUCUUAUUAGCGGAGAGAAAGAUAAAGUUAAAAGAAUUGACACAGUAACAUUCAUUAAAACUAAAGAGUUUAUGUUAUGGCCAAGAAAUGGCAGCGUCCACCAUAGUAAAUCUUCUAGUCAAAAUCUACUAACAAAGAUAUACCUAGGCUACCAGCACGGCUUAGGUUGGGUAGCUGUCAAACAAUGUCUCAAACAAGAAAAAGUCACUAAUAUUAUAGAAGAAAACUUUUGCUGGCCUUACACUUUCCAGAAUAUUUUGUAUUUUACAAAUGUUAACAAGGAACACGAUGAAGACUUCAAUUAUCUGGCGAUGGAACUUUGUGAUGAAACGCUCGCUGAAUACAUAAAAAAGAAUCUCGAGGAGAGAAAGAAAGUCGAAAUGGCGAUCACCUUAUUAAGAGCAAUAGAGUAUCUUCAUAGUAAAGGUAUUGUGCACCGAGACAUCAAGCCCUCGAAUAUUCUUUUUGUAAACAAGACCCUGAAAGUGGCAGACUUUGGAAUUAGCCGUCAAAUAAAUCCUGAUGCAACAUAUAGAACAACUAAUGCAGGAACAUUAGAUUAUCAAGCACCUGAUCUUAUUGGCGAAGAAGGCAAUGUUCGUGUUGAAUUUAAGCAUGAUGUGUACAGCGUUUUGGUUAUCAUGUUUUAUAUAUUUACUGAUGGAGAACAUCCAUUUCACUUUGAUGUUGACCGAUGUUUGAAGAACAAAGAAAGAAAGAAAAGGAUCAAAGGCUUAGAUUUUCGUUACGAAAAGCCUAUAAAUAAGAAAAUAGAAAACCAACUAAAGCAGUUCUUGUUACGCCAUGUUGCAUCACUUGUGAAGAAUGGCGAAGCCGUGACAUUGAAGGAAAUAAUCUCAUUUUUUCAAAAACAUACCAAAACAAAUCCUUAUUGCACCACUUUAAUGAAGGAAUCUACAUCAGCAGUUUCAUGUAAGCGCUACGCUAUAUUACUAUCCUUCACUACUGAAACUGAGCAAAAGAAACAUUUUCUAGAAACUGAAAAGAAUGUUAAAGAAAGAAAGUUCGAUGAAGCUACUUUAAAUGUAGUAUUUAGGGAAUCUGUGGCAGAAGGAGCAUUAUCCUCCCCAGUCGCCGAUGUAACGCUCAUGCGUAAUGCUCUUGAAAGAUGCGGAUUUGACGCGUCACGGACGAAAGAUGACGCCUCUGUAAACGAUUUAAAGGCCAUGAUAGAGGACAUCGCAGAAGGAAAUCAAAAUCAAACAAUAUGUAUCUUUCUUCACAUUUCAGGUCAUGGGUUUCAUUGUAAAGAAAACGAUGAUACUUUUAUAAUAUUCAAAGAGUCGGAAUUUUUUGCAGUCAAUCAAAUUAUUCGCAUGAUCAUUACUACAAUUGGAGAUAAUAACCAGAUUAUUUUCACAAUAGAUGCAUGCAGGAAAAUAUCUUCCAUCGACCGACAAGAAUUGGACAAAAUUAACUUACCUCGCAAUGUAUGCAUUUUAUACAGCUGUGAAAAGGGUAAAGAUACUGCAGAUGCUGGUAUGUCAGCUAGCAUUAAAAGUAAAUUGUGUGAUGGUGCGAAUACAGCUCCAGCAAUUUUUUCGAGAGCAGUUUCAGACAACAUCACCUGUGGCGUGAGCGUAGAUUAUUUGUUCGAAAGAGUGAAAUCUAUUAUGGUAACAGAAGAUUCUUGCAUUGAUACACCUGAAAAGCAAGGGCAUGUUGAUUUUGUGUUUUAAACAGUGAGAAAAGAAUGCACGUCUGUUUCAAAUAAAAGACAAACAUUUUACACGAAACUUUUAAAUAUAGGAAAUCAUCCAUAUUAUAACAGGCAAAGGUAAUAGGUCUUUCAACGUACGUUAAUUAGAAGCACAAUUAAUUGACGAUGCAAUUAAUUUUUUAGAGGAAGAUUUCAGAUACUGGAAAACUGAUUUUUAAACUAAGUAAAUUAGAAUUAAUUUAUGGCAUAAUUAAUGAUGGAAUUAAAUUUUGUCGAGUAUAUUAUGCCGAGUAUUAUUUUCUUUGUUUUCUAAUAUAGCGGAAACGUUUGAAUAUUUUGCGUAUUAGCACAAUAGAUUUUUGAUGUGAUUCUCGUAUCUGAAUGCUUUCAACAAUACACACUGCCAGUCGUUUAAAGUACAUACUGUCUUCUCCAUGGAAAACUUCUUUUUUUACUUCAUACAACUGUGUCUUUUGCAUCGCACACCUUAAAGUAACAAUUAAAAAAAAAACUGUAUUUGAAGUAAUUUUUGUUCUUAUAUUUAUUGGACCUUUAGCGUACCUCAUGAAGAAAAAGUUGAAAAUAAUAUGAACAUGAAGUUUUCUAUUAAAUUCUAUCAAUAUUUUAAACUGAGAGUUCCCCUUUAUACACUGUAUUAUUGCAUCACAAACCUUAAUGAAACAAUUAAAAACGGUGUAUUUGAAGUAUAUUUUAUUCUUAUCUUUACUGGACCCUUGGCGUACCUCAUAGAGAAACAUGAAAUUUUUAAUUAAAUUCUAUUAAUAUUUUGACCUGGGAGUUCCCCUUUAUACACUGUAUUUGUUGUAAUAAAUGUUUUUAAUGUAUUAUCAGUCUUAUUAUCAGUCUUAAGUGUAUUUUGAAAACUAGAAUAUGUGUAAUAUACGGACCAGAUUUUUUUGA